AUGGUCAUGGAUGACGUGGCGAGGACGGGACGGGACAAGCAAAUCUAUACAUCGGAUGGCGCUAGAGAAGUUGUUGGAGUGGUUGCAAUCAUCAAGGAAUCCAAGCAAAUAGUGCUUGUAUCAUCUCGCAAGCAUGAGAAGUACGUUCUUCCCAAAGGCGGGGCAGAAAACGAUGAAACGUUUGAAGAGUCUGCUAUUCGCGAGUGUUGGGAGGAAGCUGGCUGCUCCAAGGGCACCAUUACCAAGUUUCUGGCUUCAUAUGGACCUGAUGAUGAAGUUACGUUGCUAGCUAAGCGGAAAUCGAAGACGAGAUUCACCUUUUUCGAGAUGGAUGUCACGUCUUUGGAAGACAAGUGGCCUGAAUGCAAAGAAAGGACUAGAAAACUAGCUUCAUAUGACGAAGCUUUGGAAAUUUUGAAGGAUCCGGUCUUCCUUGCAGCUCUGAACCUCUGUUCCCUGGCUCCCACAUGA